CCCCGGCGCUGUGGUCUGCGUGAAGGGCUGCCUCUCGAACGCCGUCGACGCGACACCAUAGCAUGUAGCCAGCCACCCACAAAAAAGCCAUGUGCAUCUGCUGCGAGAUCUUCCCCGCCUGCAUCGACAGGUACUGGGAAUUUCCCGAGCACCCUUGCGUAGUCAACGCGUGCUGCUACGCGUGCUGCGGGAAUGGUUUAGAGGACCCAAAUCUCGCGCAGCGUAUCUUCUGUCAAUGCAACACGGUGGCGAAUUAUGAUGAAUGCGGGUCGGAGCCGCACCUCAUCUCGCUGGCGCUCUGCCCGUUCCUCAUCCCCGGGGCCGUCUACGCGGCGUUCUUUUGGGAGCCGCACUACGACGCGGAAAGGGAUAAAGCUCUGAGGGCCUUCCUCAAGCACCGCGAGGAGCGCAAACGAGCCGCCAAACAAGCCGCGAUCGACAAGAAGAAAAAUAAACGGAAGGCCGAAAGAGCUCGAUUGAAGAAGGCCGCGAAGAAGGAGGCCAAGGAGAACUUCGUCGAGUUUGACGAAGACGCGUGGUACGAGUCCCUGCCGGACCGCUUAAAAAAGAAGCCCCACCGGACCAGCAAAGUAGCUCCGGAAGCCCAGGAGAUGGAAUUUCGGGGCCUCAAGAGGGGCUUCCUUUUGAGUGACUCGCGGCCGGCGACGGCGGCGACGGCGCCGUCGCGGCCGCCGACGGCGCCUUCUGCCGUGCCGGCGGCGACCGCGGGCGCGCCCGCGCCCGCGCCCGCGCCCGCGCCGGCGGAGAAGCCUGCGUAA